AUGUCUCAAUAUCCCAGACGAUAUAUCAGCGGAUCGGUCGAAGGGUUUUCAGGUCCAAUCAACGUACAUGAUGCCUCUCUGUUUGCCGGGAAGAAUGAUUCCACAACGCUUCAUAUGUUUGGUGGCACCACGUCCGGAUUCAACGAGUCCUUCCGCUAUUUUGAAGUCGCUCCUACAACUCAAUAUGCUGUUUGGUCUUAUGAUAUGAGAGAUGAUACAUGGCUGGCAGUUGACACGUCAGGAGCGCUCGAUACAAUUCCUUCCUGGGGUGCAAGCACCGAAGUACCCGACUUGGGUUUGGCAUUCUUUGUAGGCGGCCAAAUCGACAGUGGUACUGCAGACACGACGCAAAAUCUAGGCGAUGAAACCAUCGGGGUCGGCGGUAUGGUAGUCAUCAAUACCACGACCAACAACGUCAAAAAUCUCACGGUGGACGAGUCGGUUAGGAGUAAUCGUCAGGGUGCUGGAAUGGUGUAUGUCGCUAAUUUCGGAGAGUCAGGUGUUCUUGUGCUGCUCGGAGGAGAAACGCAAGCAGACGGGCUACUCGCAAUGGACGAUAUAACAACCUUUGAUGUCAACAGUACCGACCUCAGCGAUAGUCCAUCGCCAAACACAAACUUCUGGUACUCACAAAAGGCCAGUGGCGACAUUCCUUCCUCUCGCACAGAUUUUUGCCUCGUUGCUGCGCCGGCUCAGGACAACAGCAGCACCAACAUUUACCUCUAUGGCGGAACUUCAGAAUCCACAAUCUUCGAUGAUAUCUAUGUCUUGAGUUUACCAUCCUUCACAUGGGUCAAGGUAUUCACUGGUCAAGAUGCCUGCUGGUCUGUGACGUGCCAUUUUCUAGCUCGAAGACAAAUGAUCACCGUCGGAGGUGGAGGAAAGUCUAGCAAUAUAUCGCAUGAUUGCAACUGGGAACAGAAAAGCUUGGCUGUGCUCGACCUGAGUACCAUCAGCUGGGGUAGCGUUUUCGAUGCCAAUGCUGGCCAGUAUGAUGUGCCGGAUGAUGUGGUGGCGGCCAUUGGUGGGGACCCAACAGGUGGUGCUACCAAGACACAGCCCGAGGCAGGGUGGACAGAUUCUUCACUUUCUCGGCUCUUCAGCAUCAAAACAGCAACAACCUCCUCGGUUCCUGGGACCACCUCGACUGCAGUCUCGAAUCCAUAUGAUGUCUCGUCGGACACAGAUCAUGGCAUAUCAGGUGGUGCCGUUGCUGGAAUUGUUAUUGGUGCGGUGGCUUUUGUGGCCAUCGCCUGUGGUGGAAUUUUCUUCUACUCACGAUCACGUCGUUCGGCAAAAGACACUGAGGUAAGAGACGAACUUGAAAAAGACGGUCUGCCCAGCUAUAGCAGUGAUUCCUCGCAAGGGACAGCAGAACUUGUUUGA